AUGUCGCUGCUCGGGAGGCGCGGUCCUCAGGGACUACGUUUUCUGUAUACACCAUUCCCUCUAUCAUCAUGCAGUGUACGACCAUUUUCCGUCCUCAAUCGCCCAAAACCAAGUUACCCAGGCCAUGUCCCACUGACGACGAUUGAGCGCGGAGCUCUGGCCAUCGGGUCUGCACUUGGGUCUCUCGUGAACCCUCGAAGAGCAGACCUCAUCGCAGCCCUAGGCGAAGCAACCGCAACCCCAUUCUUCAUCUACCGACUCCGCAACGCAAUGCUCUCCGACCCAACAGGCCGCCGAAUCCUCCGCGACCGUCCACGCAUAACAUCCCAAUCCCUAAACAUGGACCAUCUCCGCACUCUCCCCGAGAACUCCGUCGGCCGAACGUACGCGAAAUGGCUCGACAGGGAAGGCGUAUCGCCCGACACACGCGAUAACGUACAAUACAUCGAUGACCCCGAAUGCGCAUACGUCAUGCAGCGCUACCGUGAGUGUCACGACUUCUACCACGCUGUGACGGGCCUGCCGAUCUUCGUGGAGGGCGAAUUAGCGCUGAAGGCGCUGGAAUUUUUGAAUACGUUGUUGCCGAUGACGGGGCUUAGUCUGUUUGCUUUUGUGCGUAUGAAGCCUGCGGAGAAGGAGAGGUUUUUGACGCUGCAUUUGCCUUGGGCUGUUAGGAGUGGACUUGCUAGUAAGGAGUUGAUUAAUGUUUAUUGGGAGGAGGUGCUUGAGAAGGAUGUUGAUGAGUUACGGGCUGAGUUGAGGAUUGAGCAGCCGCCUGAUUUGAGGGAGAUUCGGAAGAUGAUUCGGAGGCAGCAGAAGAGGGAGAAGGAGAUGUUGAUGCAGCAGCAACAGCAGUCGUAG